AUGGGAAGAGGUAGAGUUGAGCUCAAGAGGAUAGAGAACAAGAUCAACAGGCAGGUGACCUUUGCGAAGAGGAGGAAUGGUCUUUUGAAGAAGGCUUAUGAACUCUCUGUUCUCUGUGAUGCUGAGGUUGCCCUAAUCAUUUUCUCCAAUAGAGGGAAGCUUUACGAGUUUUGUAGCACCUCUAGCAUGGUGAAGACAUUAGAGAGGUACCAAAAAUGCAACUAUGGAGCAUUAGAAACUAAUGUACCGACCAGGGAGACACAGAGCAGCUAUCAAGAAUAUUUAAAGCUGAAAGCGAGGGUGGAGUCUCUACAACGAUCCCAGAGGAACCUUCUUGGUGAAGACUUGGGCCCCUUAAGUUCAAAAGAGCUUGAACAACUUGAGCAGCAACUGGAGAUGUCUUUGAAGCAGAUAAGGUCUACUAAGACACAAUGCAUGUUUGAUCAACUUGCUGACCUUAGGAGGAGGGAACUAGCUCUCCAAGAGACCAACAAAGCUUUGAAACGUAAGUUGGAGGGAGCAAGCGCUUCAAACCCCCCACAACUUGCAUGGGAAAACAAUGGACAGAACAUUCAUUAUAAUCGCCAACCAGCUCAUACUGAAGGCUUCUUCCAUCCCCUGGAAUGUGAUUCGACAUUGCAAAUUGGAUACCAUCCAUCGUGCCCUGAUCAGAUGCCUGUGGCCGCACCUGUGCAGAAUGUCAAUGCAUUUCUCCCUGGUUGGUUAGUAUGAAGUAUUAGCGAGUUUCCUUUUCUUGAAGUUUUUAGUACUGAAUCUAUGUAAAUCAUAAAAUGGCCAAUGGCUUGCCAGAUGUUUUCUAUCUCCUCUAGGUCUUAUUUCUCUAAGGUCGGACUGAGGCAUGCCUUGUAACUAUAUGUUUGGGAAAACAAUAAGUAAUUAUUGUCUUAUUCAAAA